UUAUAAUGGGACUGCGGCGGGUAUUCAGGCACUGGGGAGAACUGACUUGGUGUCAAUGAUGUCCACAGUGACACCAAUACAGUGAUCAGUGCUAACAAAAAGCACUGACACUGUACUAAUGGCACUGGGCAGGAAGGGGUUAACAUGUGGGGUGAUCAAAGGGUUAACUGUGUGCUGUUUUAAUAUAAGCUGUGUCUCCUGCACACUGCUUUGUAUGGCUCUGCAUAGCAGAGCCAUACAAAGCAGUGAGCUUACAAGGUAAAGCACA